AUGGGAAGAACCAUCAUAGAUACAAUGGGCGCGGACUUCUCCGCGCCGCCUGUUCAGGUCACAUUCGAUGGCCUCCUGUUCGACAUGGAUGGCACCAUCAUUGACUCUACUGCCGCUGUUGAGAAACACUGGGAGGCCAUCGGCAAUGAGAUCGGGGUCUCGCCCGAGGUCAUUCUCCAAACCUCCCAUGGCAGAAGAUCCAUUGAUAUCCUCAAAGAGCUUGCCCCGGAGAAGGCAACCAUGGAGUACGUCCAAUACAUGGAAGGCCUUCUCCCUAAGAACUAUGGCGAUGACGCGGUCGAGAUUCCCGGUGCCCGCACCCUUCUCCAGGAGUUGAUUGACCGUAAGAAGCCAUGGGCCAUUGUUACUUCCGGGAGCCUGCCGCUUGUUUCUGGGUGGCUAGACGUCCUCUCCCUCCCCCAUCCCACCCACCUCAUCUCCGCUGAAUCCGUCCAAAACGGCAAGCCCGAUCCCGCCUGCUACCUCCUCGGCCGCGAGCGCCUGGAGCUCUCCAGCCCCAACGCCGAGGUCCUAGUCCUGGAAGACGCACCGGCCGGUAUCCGCGCCGGCAAAGCUGCAGGUUGCAAGGUCAUUGGUCUGGUCACGAGUCACACGGUCGAGCAGGUGGUGGAGGCCGGACCGGAUUGGGUGGUGAGGGAUCUGAGCAGCGUGAGGUAUGUGGAGAGUGAAGACGGGAAGGUUACUUUGGAGAUUAGGGAUGCCUUGGUUUUGAUGAACUAG